UCGGCGUCGUUUGCGGCGAAAGGUAGCUGGCACGUGCUCUGAACACUUUCGCCUCCCGCAUCACUUCACCGCUCGUUGUGCAGAAGACGGCGCCGACAUUGGGUCACCGCCCACCUCCUACGCUGCACGUGCCAACGCGCUCCUCGCGUUGCCGUUUAGAAGGAGGCCUUCGCGGUCAAUGAAGCCACGGAUGGUUCCGAGUUCGACCCCCCGUCGGCGCUGCGGCGCGCGUGCGCGCCUCUUGUCGCGUUGCGAUUGGUGACGAGAGUAUCAAACUUAGUGACGGAGCUUUUGUGUGACGUCGUCGGGGGUUACUGACAACGGUGGUCUUACUCAACGGACGGCGGGUGUGUGUGUGCGUAGGGGGAGUGGCGAUUGUUAGUGGUCGCGCAUCGGAUAAAUAUCGGAGCCAGGAACGGCCGAAGUCAAGCGACUGCAGGGAUGAAGGCUGUCGGAGUCUUCGUGUGUUUAGCCGCCUGCAUCUACGGGGCGACGGCCUUCGCAAAUCCCCAAGCCUCCCGAGAGUACGAGAGCGUACCGGUGCCCGAGGGAGAAGACGAUCCAGAGUUUUGGCGGCUGUCCGCCCAGAACAGCCUCUCCCGGCUCCUGUCGGCACCCGUGGUCGACGCGCCCGCCAAGAACGUCAUCGUGUUCGUGGGCGAUGGCAUGGGAAUCUCGACGGUCACCGCGUCGCGCAUCUACCGCACCCAGAAGGGCACCGAACUACCGGGCGAGGGGGGCAGCCUGUCCUUCGAGCACUUUCCUUACACGGCGCUUGUCAAGACGUACGCGGUGGACCGGCAGGUGACGGACAGCGCUGCGUCGGCGACGGCGCUUUUCUGUGGGGCCAAGACCAAGAUGGCCAUGCUGGGCCUGUCGGCUAAGGCCAACACAUCAGAGUGUGACUCCGCUGCUGGCAACGAACUGCACUCGUUCAUUAAAAAGGCCCAGGAUAUAGGCAUGUCGACGGGUCUUGUGACGACCACGCGGGUCACGCACGCUACGCCUGCAGCACUGUACGCCCACUCGGCGCACCGCGACUGGGAGAUGGACACCAAGAUGCCCAAGCGCACGCGUUGCAAGGACAUUGCCCGACAGCUCGUAGAGGACGAACCUGGAAGGAACAUGAACGUUAUCCUGGGCGGAGGCCUGGCGUACUUCAAGGACAAGCAGCGAGGCGGAGGCAAGCGCAGCGACGGCCUUGACCUGGUUGACCUCUGGAAGAAGGACAAGAAGAACAGGAAGUUCGUAGGAUCUCGCGAGGAGCUGCAGGCCAUCGACACCAACAAAACUGAUUACCUACUUGGUCUUUUCUCGGGCGACCACAUGUCGUACGAAGAUUACCGCCAGGACAAGCAGCCGUCUCUGGUAGACAUGGUGGUCACGGCCGUUGAAUUACUGCGAAAGCGCGGAAACGGUUUCGCGCUCAUGGUUGAAGGCGGUCGCAUCGACCACGGACACCACGAGAAUCGCGCUGCGCUGGCGCUGCGCGAGACGGCCGAGCUCAGCCAUGCGGUGGCCGCCGCCCUGGAGCUGGUGGACCUGCGCGAGACCCUGGUGCUGGUCACCGCCGACCACUCGCACUCGUUUACAAUGAAUGGGUACCCGGCAAGGGGAAACCCCAUCCUGGGCGUGGCCGGAGUCUCCGAGAAAGACGGCCUGCCUUACACGACGCUCUCGUACGCCAAUGGACCCUCGACCACCAAGAGGAAGGCCGACGCGAACACGGAGGCCGUGGACUACCAGCAGGUGAGCACCGUGCCAUUGCGGCUGGAGACGCACGCUGGCGAAGACGUGGCGCUGUACGCUGUUGGACCCAUGGCGCACUUGGUGCGCGGAGUCCUGGAGCAGCACACGGUUGCCCACCUGGUCGACUACGCCGCGUGCUUCGGUGAUGGCGCCCGGCUGAGGUCGCGGUGCUUGGAGCAAGGGGCCUCAGCGGCGGCGACAGGGGCCGAAUCUUCGUUAGCCCGCAUCGCCAUCGCGCUUCUAUCGCUGCCGGUGUCCUUGGUCGCGCUUCGGUAGACAGACGCCGUGCCACCUGCACACACCAUGUUGAACUUCUUAUACGAAGACAAAUGCUGAAAGGAUACACGUAUUGUAACAGCGUUCAUGUCGGGGCUGGCCUCGCAGCCGUUUUAAGUAAGCUCGUCGUGCUUACUAAGCGCUUGCCUGCGCGAUCAUGAAGUUUUGUUUUUCCUUCAGGGGCACUUUAUGUCCGAUUCAUACAUAGCCUGCAACGCUGCGGACUACACAAGAAGUUCGGUUUUCAAAGUGGACUUCUCCGCGCGUUCCGUGGUUGCAAAUGCUGAACAGCCACUGAGCGAGCCUGUGCGUGUGGCAGCGUGACGGGCUGUAGAUAAAUAAUAAAAAAAGACCCCCGAAAAUGCAGCCGAUACGCAAAUUUCUUGAAAACAAAAGUUGUACCAGCUAUUCGCCACCGUAUGUUCACAUUUAAGGUACAAUACUUUUUCAUUUGUUACUAAAUAAAGAACUCUAAGUAACAAUUGAUAAAAGGGCCAAACUAUUUCUUGCUGCGAAUGUAGCUGCUGCGAGAA